UCGGAUCCGCCCACCCCGAGUAUGCCAACGGAUAUUCGUCACAAGCCGGAUUUACAAGAGCGAGUCGGCUGCUGUAAAGUAACCCGGGCCGGCUGUGGAGGGAAAGUGUCACGGCGAAUGGACCAUGGAGUGUAUUCCUGCAACUCUUGAGGAUCUUGAGAGCAAAAAGGAUCCACUUGUAGAGGACCCAGAGCACAAUGUGUACACCAGGUUCAUGAAGUCCCAUCGGUGUUACGACCUCGUCCCUACCAGCUCCAAACUGGUGGUGUUUGACACGUCACUCCAGGUCAAGAAGGCUUUUUUUGCACUUGUGUCCAAUGGGGUGAGGGCAGCUCCGCUGUGGGACAGUAACAAGCAGUGCUUUGUUGGCAUGCUAACCAUCACAGACUUCAUCAACAUCCUUCAUCGUUACUAUAAAUCUCGCCUGGUUCAGAUUUAUGAGCUGGAAGAACACAAAAUAGAAACAUGGAGAGAGGUGUACCUCCAAGACUCCUUCAAGCCCUUGGUUAGCAUAUCGCCCAAUGCCAGCUUGUAUGACGCAGUAUCCUCGCUGCUCAAGAACAAGAUCCACAGACUCCCCGUCAUCGACCCCAUGACUGGAAACACUCUCUACAUCCUCACGCACAAGAGGAUUCUCAAGUUCUUGAAGCUCUUUAUAUCUGAGAUGCCCAAGCCGUCGUUCCUGGGUGAAACCUUGGAGGAGCUGAACAUCGGAACAUACCACAACAUAGCGGUGGUGCGCACAGACACGCCUCUGUACACGGCGCUGGGUAUUUUUGUAGAGCAGCGUGUGUCUGCGCUCCCCGUGGUGGAUGACAAAGGCAGAGUGGUGGACAUUUACUCCAAGUUCGACGUCAUCAACCUGGCGGCGGAGAAGACGUACAACAACCUGGACGUGACCGUGACCAAAGCUUUGCAGCACCGCUCUCAGUACUUUGAAGGCGUGCUCACCUGCCAUCGACACGAGACCCUGGAGGCCAUCAUCAACAGGCUGGUGGAAGCCGAGGUGCACAGGCUGGUGGUGGUGGACGAGCAGGAUGUGGUGAAAGGCAUCGUCUCCCUCUCGGACAUCCUCCAGGCACUCGUGCUCACUGAUGGGGACGAGGUUGGAUGCUUUUCCUGCCCUCAGGCACUGCUUGAUGCCAACGCUGUCCCACACCAGGAAAAGGUGUCAAGGUGAGGGCCGGAGCAAAAGGCAGCAAGACGUAGGCACACAAGGGGAGGGGAAACCUCGACAGCAAAGCCAAUGAUUGUCAUUCCGCCUUUCCCACUGCGAAACUCUUUUAAUACAACAUUGCAUCAUUCCUGCAAACGGAGCCAAACUUCACAUCACCAGGGAGCCACAAAGAUGCAAUAAGAGCACGAGGAGGAGGAGCUGAGGUAGUCCUUCCAGUAGAAACCAGAUUUCCUGUCCCAUCAACUAUCACAUAGACAUUUAACGUCCACGUGUUAUUUCUUACUGUUCACAUCAGCCUUGUUGUCCUGACAACACCUACAAUCUCAUAUCAGCAUCGUCGCAUUUAUUUGUCACAAACACAUUUGGACGUAGAAAAUACUGUCAAUCCAGCUGAUCCCUCCCAGACACCCACAAAGACAUUUUAUGAACGGACAACUGAACAUUUAACACCACUUUUUACUUAGAUUUCUUAUUUUCUCUUAUUAUGUCCACUAUAUUGGGUAAUAGGAGUGUCAAGGUGACUAUAGGGGUGUUAUUUCAUAUUUAGAGGGCUCUAAUCAUGUUAAAAAACUGUAUUUAAAAGGUAGUAAACAGGUUUUCAAUGACUUAUUUUCUCGUAUGUCUACUAUAUUGGAGUGUAGACGUGACUAUAGGGGUGUUAUUUCAUGUCUAGAGGGCUCUAAUGUCAACAAGCAUAUUUAGAAGGUGGUAAGCAGGUUUUCUAUGCGCUACACUUGUCACAGUCGGGUGUGGAACCAAAUAACGGCGAUAAAGGAGGGAUUGUAUUCCGACCCCUCUCGAGUCUCUCGUUCAACAAAGUGACUCGAUCUAGUGACCUUUUCUGGUCCGAUUGGUCUGACUAACUUGAAAGCACUUAUCGCUCCCCCAACCCCCCCCCCCCCCCCCCCCCGAAAUUUUCUAAAAAUUACACCUCAUUUUCUGCAAUCUGGUGAUACCUGAGGCCAAUUUUAUAUCCUUAAUUUCAAGAGUUUGUUGUUAUUUUUAUCCUUGGAAUAUAUCGUUUAAGCCAAAACAUUCAUGUACGCCCCCACCCCCCUCUAAAUCCGCGCCUGAAUUCCUACACCUCACUUAUACACACCGGCCGUUUGGCUUUCUUAACGUUGAAAAGGGAUUUUGAUGCUGCUGCUUCCCAGCCAUGUGAAAUGCUGACACUGGGUGAAACUCUUAGCAUGUAGUCGUUUGUUUAAUACGCCCCUCGUCCAAAUGUUAACGUCAGCUGGAAAGCAUGAAGAAUAUACAUUUUGCACUGUUUGAUCUUAAGGAGGUCCUAAGCAGAGCUUCAAAAGGCAAACAGAAGAAAUGGAAGGGAGACAAAAAGGAAGCCUUCAAGUGAAAUAGACUGUUCAUCAGCUGAUCAAAAGUUCAAGAUCAUAGAUAAAAAAAUAAAUAAGUGAAAUCUGCAAAGUAGCCAACUCUUUAUUUUAUUUUUUACUCACAUUUCUCUCGUUUAAACUCUUAAAGUUCAAAUUUUGUGUGAAUUUUAAUGACCAACCUACUAUGUUGGACCCAAGAAAUGACAAAGUGACUCCUCUGACCGUACCGCUGCGUCCUGGCACCGUUCUGCUGAAGCGUUUUUAUAUGCUUGUUAAAUAAAACAUAUCGGCGCUGUCGUCGGAUUUUCCUCCUCCUCCAACCCAAGACUCCUUGAUUGCGUAACGGUGCCCUACAGCCGUGUUACUUGUCCUUUCCUUCAGCAGGUCCACAAGCCCAACUUUUUGUGCGACGGUUGGCUUCCCCUGCCUUUUGGGCGCGGAACAUCUCGUCGACACUGUGGGUUUUGUCGGGGAGAAACUUGCAAACACACGAAGACUGCAGGUUGUUUGCUAGCGAUGAACACAACAGGCACGAAGGUGCCUGACUGACGGUCUACAGCCAAUCAGGACGCAGAAGACAAUAGGCGGUGCAGACAGACGAGAGAGCGAGAGAGAGACGCCACCUCGAGCUAAAGCACCGAACUCCAACGCUUAACUUCCCACAAUGCAGUUCUUCUUAAAGGGCCAGGCACACACUGUAAAACGUUUUUUAAAAGCACUAAAAUUGCACCCAAAAAAAUCCGUGAAACAGCAAGUCUGUGAAAGGUGGACCACAACGGAGCGAGGGAACACAUUUCUCUUGUGGGGUGUGCAGAGGAACACAUAUUUCCUGUUUAGAACAUGCUAUGAAACAGCAAUACUGUUAUAUGUGCACGUGGAUGUGGGGGGGGCUGAAAUCAGAAGGCAACUGUUUUGACUCACAUUAUAUUUCACAGAAGAAGGCAGAGCAUAUUUACAUGAACUAUAAGGCAAAUACAAUAAAACACCUCGUCUUUCGUUAUUGCCACAAGUCUUCAAGUUAAAAGCAUUUCUUCUCACGGGUACUUUUCCAGGAUGGGCGUAACCAGUGUCAUGUUAAAAAAUAUAAAGAAGUCAACAUUGCUUCCGGAUGAUUCUCGAGUCAUUUCAGUAGUAACGCACCCAGCAGACAAAUCGAAAUAAUAAAAGCACAUAAAAGACAAAAGUGCGUCAGUUACCUGAAAGAAGAUCGACAACAUUUGAGAGAAUUGAAAGUAACGUUCCAGUGUGCGUGACGCGAGCAUGUGCUGGAAUAACACCGACCACAACAUCGGGAUCCAUGUUUGACGUGUGACAAACAUGUAGUGCGUUUACAUGCAGUCAAACAACCGCAAUGUUGGCAAUGACCCGCCUGCGCACGGCCAUGUGAACACCGAUAACCCAUCCAGCCAUCCAUCCUCAACUGGCUCCUCCACGUGAAGGAGCAGCGGCUCUACUCUGAGCCCCUCCAGGACGAGCAAGCUCCAUUUGCCCUUCCUUCACGUUCUCGCCUUCCUUUCAUGAAGAAAGUGAGACAAUAGCGUCAAGUCCUGGUGGUGGGUCAGUCGGUACCAGCACCAAAGCGUUCGUUAUCCGCUUUGCCGCUGUUGUUGUUUUUGGACACAGGAAGAAGUGGGAAUGAUGUUUUCCAUGCGGCAUGUAAGCGGGCUAUUCCGAUUGUUUCAGAAAGGGGAAUGUUGACUGCAUGUGAACGUGGUGGUGGGCCGGGCAUGGUACAUCAACACUACUCUAUGCGUGUCCUGUGGGCAAGCCACCUGAGGCCUAAAGUGCUCCAUGCCGCCGUCAGUCCAAAAGCUCGACCAUCUCGCUUGAUUUCAAAGCACCUCGUUGUUGCCGCUUCCCUCACUCUUGUAGAGGAACCUCCGAGGAAUCUGUGAUGUGAGGAUGUCUGCUAAUAAACUUCUGUCGUGUGAUACAUUCACUGUCAUCAUUUUGAACCCCCCCCCCCCCCCGGGGAUGCUCGUAGAGAGGAAGCAGACGGAAAAAGUACUGUGGGUAAGCGAGGUAGGGUUUGUCAGGAGUGGCUUAAAAAAAUCCAAAUAAUAAUUGCAAAGCAUCGCACGUGUUCCUUGUGCGCUCGGCUCAGUUCUGGAGGUGACCCUCGGUGCCCCCCCAGCUCAGACUUUAAUGUCCUCCUUGACACCAAGCUGGGAAAGGGUCUUCUUGAUGCGCAGGGCCGUCAGGCGGGCUGCCCCGUUGGCGUACCAGCACUCUCUCAUUAUUUUGCCCAUAACCCGCAGAGCCUGGAACAAAAGCAAGACGGGAUCUCAUCAAAUGACGCCUUUUUGGAGAUGUCGUUCAGGUCAAGCAGUAGCGCAGGAAUGAGGAUUGUCUGCUGCUCAGAUAUAUCCCCAAGAAGUACAGUAUGUGUAGUACCAUCACAAACUCACCUGCUCACUUCAGUGUCUACACUGUACUGAUACCGAGCUCUUUCUUACGUGGAAGUGCAUCAUCACAUACUGUUUCUUUUUGUACCUUACGAGCAAAAGCUCCAGCAAAUAUGGCCAAAAAUUCGGAGAAUUUUGUUUAUUUAUUUUUUUUACUCAUAAAGGUAACAAAUCUACUAGAAUAGUACCUCGCAUAACGUAAACCUCCUUUUACGUCAAUUCCACUGAACAUAAAGAAUGUAGGUAAAGUUUUUGCUUCGUAUUACAGAAGAAAUUCCAUAUAACUUAAAGCAUCAAGUCAGUGCAAGUCUUUUUUUUUUUUUUUCCAAUCAACUUUAGUAAUAAGUCGGUGCAAGUUCAGACUAACACUUGGUGACGCCUUCUGACACUUCACGCUCUCAUUGGCUGAUUAUCGGGGCACCGCCUACGCUCUCAUCUCAUUGGCUGAGUUAUACAGCACGUACGUGAGUUUGUGUGAGAGGCUUCUCCCUUCAACCUCCUUCCUCUUCGUAGUCCCCCUUCAACUAACUUAAACAAUUAAGUUAAGUUACAAAUUAAAAUUUUGCACACAGCAUUAUCGUGUAGUGCGUGUGCGUUUGUCUGAGACCAGCUGACUCUUAGACUCUUUGAGUCACGUUUCGACUCAGGCUAGUCCUCCUCCUCCUUCCUGCCUCCACUUGCGCUCCUGAUCAAGACAUCUCAUGAACGGUAGGAUUGUUUUUGUUUUUCAGUUUUAUUCAUUUACAGUAAUCUUAUUUAUUACCUUAUUUUAUAUUGGAAUGUUACUCUACUAUGUUUAUGCUAACGUUUUCUUAUAUUUUCCCACCAUAUUUGGUGGACUUUGAAUAUUUUGAAGGGCCAAAGGGGUGAGUUUGGGAAGCUCUUGGAACGGAUUAGGUUAUUUACAUUUAUUUUACGCUUCGUAUGACAUAAAAACCCUAUAACAUAAAGGUUAUUUAUGUUGUAGGGGUGUCUACUGUGUAGCAAAAGAAAAAAACUUUUCUGAAUUUUUACCUUAUGAAUACAAAAAAGUCCAUCUAAUAUACUGAAAAAACGUGUCUGAAUUUUUAGUACAUUAGGAGUUUUGCACUUAAAAUGCCUUGAGUGAAAAGCUCAAUUUAAUAUCCCUAUACAUUCUGAGUUGGUUUUAUUAUCUCUUUACUCACAAGGUAAAACGUUCACUAAAAUCUAAUAUACCUUAAAAAAUGUGUGUGUAUAUAUAUAUAUAUACACACACACACUACACCCAAAAAAUUUGUUUGAAUUUUUAGUCAUAUUGACAGUUUUGCACUCAAAAGUAAAAAAAAAAAACAACCCAAUACGGUAUGUAUAGUUUUUUUUUAUCAUGGGGUAAAUAAUUCAAGCUAACUAAACCAAAUAUAUGAUUUUUAACUUUUUAAAAAUUACAUUAUGAAAUUUUUUUAACUAAAAAUUCCUACCACUGUUUUUUGUAGGUAUAUUUUUAACUCCAUCCAUCAAAUAUACCUAAAAAUUAUACUAAUAUACCUAAAAAGAAAUUGGUCUGCGUUUUGGGGUAUUUUAGAUGGACUUUUGCACUUAAAAAAGCCCCCAUAUACUAACUAGGACAUACAUAGCAACUCUCAUAAGGUCAACAAAUAAAACGAAUAUAACAUUUAAAAAAAAAAAGUACUUACCUUACGAGUACAAAAUCUUAACUCUAUGAACCCUUUUCUAUAAAAAUUCAGUCCACUUUUUAAAAGUUAUAUUAGUAGCUGUAUUAGCUGGAGGGUUUUUUCCUUAUAAGGUAACACCCCCCCCAUGGUAUCUUAUUUACCAUAUGGUAUCUUAUCUAGCAUAUGGUAUCUUAUCUACCAUAUGGUAUCUUACCUACCAUAUGGUAUCUUAUCUACCAUAUGGUAUCUUACCUACCAUAUGGUAUCUUAUCUAGCAUAUGGUAUCUUACCUACCAUAUGGUAUCUUACCUAGCAUAUGGU